AUGACAUCAAAGCAGGUGGAAGGAUCCCGACUAAAACGAACUUUUACCUUACCUCGUAAUCCAUUUGGAACAACAAAACCUAGCUCCAGUAAGAGUAAAAGUAACGAUAAUGAUAAUAAACCAUCAAGCGCAAACUCUAUGUCUACUACAAACAAAGAAGAGAGUGGCAUUGAAAGAAAGCUAUUUAGAAGGCCAUCAUGGAAAAUAUUUUUAAACAAAAUAGCUCAGCAUAUGAGUACUGUUAAUACCACCGUUGUAAAAUCCGGUCAAAUAGUAAACAGUGAUAGAGUACCAUCGAGUGGGGAACCUCCAUGGCCACCUGGUAGUACUCCAGCAGCAACUGGAAUUAAAAAUCAUGGCAACACUUGUUAUAUGAAUGCAGUACUACAGUGUCUGUCACAUACAGAUGUAAUAGCAGAAUAUUUUGUACUGGAUUUUUAUAAGGUUGAUUUACAAAAAAGAAACAAAAUCAACUCAAAGAAAUAUGGCACUCGAGGAGAGGUGACGGAGCAAUUAGCAACAUUGCUCAAAGCAUUAUGGUCAUGCCGAUAUAUACCAGACAUGAGUGUUGCUUUUAAGGCCGCUGUUGAAAGACAUGGUACUCAAUAUAAGGGAAAUAGCCAACAUGAUGCUCAGGAAUUCCUAUUUUGGCUUCUUGAUAAAGUGCAUGAAGACUUAAAUACGGCCACUAAGAAAAAAUACAAGACAAUUAAAAAUACUGUUGGGAAGUCCGAUGAGGUAGUUGCAGCGGAAACGUUGGCUAACCACGCGCGUCGUAACAGUUCCUUCGUACAAGCAGUUUUUCAAGCUCAGUACAGAUCUGCACUAACAUGCGCAAAGUGUGAAAGAACUUCCUGUACAUUUGACCCAUUUCACUGUGUUAGUGUGCAGCUGCCUACUCGACCAGUCACUGUACAACCAUCACCUCUGCCUGUAAAUGUUGUUUAUGUGAAUCAACAACCCCGGCAAGUGCGUAUUGGAGUGGAACUACAGCCAACUGCAACCAUGGAUGACCUAAGAAAUUCAUUGCAUACCGACACAGGCAUUGAUAAAGAUCAUAUCAUACUUGCUGAAAUCAAUGAGACAGGUUGGUGCAACGCCCGCAGCGGUUGGGAAGUAGCUGGUAUUGAUUUUGGCGCCCUCUACUGUAUGGAAGCUCCACCGCUCUUACAGACCCCUACAACACCGUACCUUCUUGUAUUAUGGGUUAACUUGCUUGAAGGCGAAAGAUUUGGUUCACCAUAUGCUAUGCAAGUGCCACGCGAAAUCUCCUACGAGGACCUUCAAAAGCUCAUGUUAAAGGAGAUGUGCCAAGUUGUCGCUGAGAGGGUGCUUGAGACUGCGCAGGGCACAGAUAUAUUUCGAGCCAGAAUUGCUGAGGCACAGAGGCCGAGAGACCCGGCCUUUUUGCUGCCAGAGCUACCACACCCACUGUUUGCGCUGGACGUAGAGCAGGCGCUGUGCGCUCACGACAAGUACCCGCAUCUAAGGCUUGAACUCCUCUGGGACCCCGUACAUAGGGAUAGCAUAAUCCGCGAAUGGGGCGAAGCGUGCGAGGUUCACGUUUCGGCUGCGGGUGCGGCGGCGCCUCUUACUUUGCAUGCGUGUCUGUCCCACUACACGCGUGCUGAGCAUCUUGCGCAGGAGGACGCUUGGAGAUGCCCGCAAUGCCAGAGGUACAUGCCGGUUGUAAAAACACUCGGCCUUUGGUCCCUUCCCGAUAUACUCGUCAUACAUUUGAAGAGAUUUCGUCAACAAGCUAAAGGCCGAACCAGUACGAAGUUAACUACUAUGGUAGAAUUCCCUCUAAACGACUUCGAUAUGACUCCGCACUUAGUUCGAAGGAAUACAACAAGCGCAGAAUCACCCGGUAAUUCAAGAUCGCCAAGGCGGCGACAUUCCAAAACCAUCAGUAAUCCACAAGAGAACAUUUACGAUCUGUACGCUAUUUGCUAUCAUCACGGCGAUGAUUUAGAAACGGGACAUUAUACAGCAGCCUGUAAAAACCCCUACGACAACCACUGGUACAAAUUCGACGACUCUCGGGUUACUCCCGUCGACGACGAGAACGCGUACGCAGAACUCGUCGACAAUUCAGCAUACAUGCUGUUCUAUAAGCGGAAGAAACCGAACGUCAUCCACUCCUGCACCGUAGAAGACAACGACCACUGGGCACUGCGCAUGCCGAGGUAUAAGCCGACCGGUGAAACAAUAAAUGAAGUGGCGGAAAUUAAAGAGGAGAUAGAAAAUUCUGAAGCACCUAAAGGCUCCGAGUCAGACCUCAGUACGCAAUCGCCAGCUAAAAGUGUAAAUACUGUAGACACAUCUACCUCCACGUCUCCUAUGAAGCAAGUUACGGCGAGCACCAUCCAGUCACCUACGCUUCAGCGACCGCUUAUAGUGGAAGUGAACGCGAAAAUUACGAACGACGAACUAAGCGAUUAUGAAAACGAACCGAACGAACCCUACAUCCAUAAGGAUGUGCAUAUCAAUCCUAAGAUGACGCCGGUGGAUUCACGAAGGCCUAAAUCUGUGGACAUCCCGCCUAGAUCAAGUGUGUCGCCGUCCACCAGAGAUUCAAAUAGGAGCUUCGAAAGCUCCCCCUUAGUGGCGAGCAUCAACGAGAUCGAAUACCAUCCCACCACCGAAGAUGUAAUGCUAUCUAUGUUCCAAGAGUCGAAAUACAUAGUGCCGAGGCAUCAUAUCAACGGAGAAUCUCAUAGAACAGCGGAAAAGUCAUCCGUCUGGAAGACUCGAAUAUCAACGUGA